AUGGAACCAAGUCCGAUGACCACAUUUGACAAUCAUACUGUCGCCAUUGAUUUGAAAAUUUUGAAGCAAUUCGGUUUUUAUCAAAUGUUUGAUUCAAACACCAAAAAAAUAUUCGGUUGGAAUGUCUACAGAUUUUCUUUUAUAAUAUUAACCGUGAUAACCCAGUGUCUAAUUGCUGUCGGGAAUUGUGGAUUUUUGUUUGAGUUGGAUGACACUAUUGACAACAUUGAUUUAUUUCUGAUCUUAUUCUCUAGCUCAUUUAAUUAUCUUACAGUGUGGAAAGUGAUCAUACUUAUGUUCAACAAAUCCAAAAUUCUGCACCUUUUAGACGUUACAGAUUUAAAUUUUUUGAAGAGCAAACAUUGUUGUAAUAACAUUAAAAUACUAUACAAACACCGUAACAAAACUCUAAAACGUACAAAAUUUUAUUUUAAUUUCUGCAUUUUGGUGAUCAUUCAAUGGGUUAUUUAUCCAAUAGUAAUAAACUCAUUCAUAGCGAACAAAAAUGACAAUCAGCGUUUAGAGAAUGUUAUAAACAGGCGAUAUCCUAUAGCCGUCGACACUUACAAUCAAUAUUAUGCCUUGUUUUACGUAAUUGAAAUGAUAAUAGCAAUAAAAUCAAUAUACUUAGUAUUGAUGAUCGAUAUACUAUUAUUAUCUAUUGGUUGGGCGAUAAAUGUUCAAUACGAAGUACUAGCUGUAGCGUUUGAGAAUAUCGGGCAUAAUGUUUUUCGAAAAGAUAAUGAUUUUGAUGUUAUAGAUGAUUAUAAACAUUUUAAAUCGAUUUUAUUCGAUCAACAACAACUUGAUUUGAAAGUAAAAUUAUAUUUUUCCAUCAUGAAGCCUAUUGUUUUAAUGCAUGUUGCUGUUAGUUCAGGCUUAAUCAUAAUGUUGUCGAACUCAUUUAUAAUGGUUUUAUUAUCAAUAGAAUCAUUUACUCACACAAUCGUAAACAUAUUUAAGAUUGGCGUUUUUGGAGUUUUCUAUGUAUGUCUACAAUUAUUUCUGUAUUGUUAUUUAUUUGACAAUAUUAACUUAAAUAGACAAUCUGUCAACUAUGGAAUAUAUUCUUGUAACUGGACUAAUAUGGAUUUAAAGUUUAAAAAGUUAUUAUUAUUAACCAUGCAGAUAAAUGAAGCUAAUGAAAUAAUGAUGAAGGCUUCGACAAAAAAAAUAGUAAACUUACAACUAUUUGCCAAUGUUCUGAUGACGUCUUACAACAUUGUAUCAGUCAUGGUGAAAACAAUUAGUAAAUGAAAAAAACACACCUUAUAA